AUGUCUUCUUUAAAAUCUAAAGAAACUAAAACCACUUUAACCAAUAAACAAAGAAAAGCCAUUAUUGAACAUAAAGAAAAAAAUCUUCAAAUUACCCAAGCUGAUCUCGUCGGUUGGGUAAAACAAAAAACAGGUCUUGAUAUUUAUCAAAGUACCAUUAGCCGUCUAUUAAAAAAUAAAGAAACAAUAGGUAAAAACCUUUUUGCAAAAAGACAAAGAACAGUUAAAUAUCCAGAAUCUGAAAACAUAUUGAUUGAAUGGAUUUUACAAAGUCAAGAAAGUAUAAUACUAUCUGAUAAAAUUAUAAUAGAAAAAGCAAAAAACUUUCAAAUAAAACACAAAGAGAAUGCCUCUGUAGAUGAUGCAGUUAUUGAAGCUGCUACUCCUUGGUUAAAAAAAAUUUUAAAAGAAUAUGAUCUAAAAGAUAUUUACAACAUGGAUGAGAUAG